AUGAAUAACGAGAAGGAACAACUCGAGUUUAAGAUGAAACAACAGGGUGAAAUCAUCGCAAAUCGAGAUAAGCAGAUAGAGGACCUACGAUCGGAUCUGACCGGAUUGGAAGAUAAGUUGAAGAAGGAGCGUGAUCUAUUGAGAAGCUCGGAAAAGGAUCGGCUGGCGGAGAAAACGAAGCUGAUUGAGUGUGUGGCGAAAAUCCAGUUUUUGGAAGAAAAAUUGAAGGACAGUCAGCAGAAUGAUCGCGUACGAGUGCUUUCGUCAGAGAAUGGGCGACUGGAGCGAGAAUUGCACGAAGCUUCUGAUAAGUUGGCGAAAGCGAAAGAAGCAAGCGAUGAUCGUGAACAACAAUUGAAAAAAUCAAAACGCAACACGAAGUACGCUGUGCAGAUGGAAGUUCUCCGAAAGCGCCGUACCGAGAAGGAUAACGAAGUAUUAAAGUCAAACGUUGGAGGACGGGAAGUAAUAGUUACACCAAGGAGCUUGGAGAAUGCUGAAGAUGAUGAGGAUGAGGAGGAAAAAGACGAAGAUGAUGAGGGCUAUGAUAGUGAUAAGGAGUCGAACGAAUAUGGCUCCGAGGAGGAUAUUGUUUUGGAAAUUGCGAGUAGUCACAAGAACACGAGUGACAUGGAUGCACCGGCAGAACAAAAGGAGCCGUGGCCGCCACCGUAA